UUCCUCCAUUUUCUUUAUUAUUUACUCCGUAUCUUUUUCUUUUCUUCUAAACCCUCCCCUUUUUUAAUUUCUCUCUUUCUCUAUACACAAUAUAUAUUAUCCCUUGGCUUCUAAACUUCAGUUUCCUCCCUUUUCAAGUUUUCUUCCUUUUUUUAACCCCCCAAGAUCAAAACAAAAUCAAGUUUCAUAGCUACAUUCUAUAACUUCUCAUUGAUUUCUCUGUUCAAUGCAAUUGACCACCCCUGUUUUUUUUAUACUAUAAAAAAAUCGUUUAUAAAUUUGUAACUUCUGACUUCUUCAAAUCCGAGUUGUUUCUCAGAACCUUUUAUCAUUUCCCAACAAUUUCCUUUCACAAAUUUUCCCAGUAUAUAAAUCAAUUACCACCUUCAUUCAUUCAUUUGAUUUGCAGAACUGCAGAGAUAGUUUAUGGUUUCGUAACGCGACGCUUAUUCGAUCAACGAAAAUGCUUGGAGAUUUCAUAGGCCGGGGUCUUUUUAUGGUAUUGGGGUACGCGUACCCAGCAUUCGAGUGUUUCAAGACGGUAGAGAGGAACAAAGUUAACAUCGACGAACUACGCUUUUGGUGUCAAUACUGGAUCAUUAUUGCAGUACUUUCAGUUUGUGAAAGGUUUGGUGAUAUAUUCAUAUCAUGGGUUCCGUUUUAUGGGGAGUUGAAGUUGGCUUUUAUUAUCUACCUUUGGUAUCCUAAAACUAAGGGAACAUCGUAUGUGUAUGAGAGCUUACUGAGGCCAUUCGUGUGUAAACAUGAGACAGAUAUCGACAAGAAUCUGCAGGAGUUGAGAUAUAGAGCUUGGGAUGUAGCCAUUUACUACUGGCAAAACUGCACUGACUUGGGAUCAUCAGCUAUUUUCAAUGUCUUUGAAUAUGUAGCCAAUCAGUCUUCCAAGUUUAAGGGCACCAACACUCAGAAAGACGACCAUAAUCAACGACCAACAGGCAGAGGCAGGGCCAGCCCACCACCAUCGCCAUCACACGGGUCCAGCAUAUGGCCCCUUCGACUGCGAAAGUCUAAAUCCGAAUCACCAGCCGCCUCGCCACGACACCCCAACCACCGGGAGGAACACCCAGCUCCAUCAGCACCUCCUCUUCCAGCUGCAUUUCCCAGUUUGUUCAAGUCCGAGGCCCAUAUUUCCAAGUCUAGAGUGGUACAAAUGGAACUAGAUGAGGCCCAAAUUGGAUACAUCCACGUUCAACAAGUCCCAGAAGAAGCCCACUCCAAAAGCUUCACUAAACAAAACUUCAAGCUAAGCCCGACCCGUUUAAAAUUUAGGCGAUCAAAAUCCAUUAAAUGAUCACCCAUACCAAAAAAAAUCACUGUACAUAAACCAAUGUUUUGAUAUUUCCAAUCCAAAAUAUUAUAAAAAUCACAAUUUUUUUGUUGA